AUGGAUUCCCCCCGCCAAUCUCGACCUCGUCUUCGAUCUGAUUCCCAAUCUCAAUCUCAGUCUCGUCCCCAAGUUGAUCAAUCGGAUAGGCCCGCUGUUGACCGUUAUGAGACCAACCGACUGCCGAGUCCACCUGGACCUCGGGUUUCGGAUCUCACCAUUGACCGAUAUAAUGACCCCAAGCCCGAACCCGUAACUUCUAAUUCCCGUCGGCCAUUGUACACCGAGGAGGACCUGUCUGACCGUCCUCCCCGCUCUUCGACUCUCCCCUACCGGCCCCGUCCCGACGUCCCAGAAACCACCUCCGCGCCGGUCCGGGCUCACCCGGCCUCAGAGCCCCCUCCUGCCUCGUACCCACACUCGCAGCCCCCGCCAGCACCAGCGGCCAACUACACCGCCGGCUCCCCAACCCUGUAUCACAACCCCUUCCAAGACCUCUCCCACGUCUCCCCGCGACCCAUGUCCGGGCCGGACCCCAAGUUCGAGCCCAUCGCCCCCACCCAGCCCUACUACCCAGCCCCCACCUCCAACUACCCCCCCACCAACCAAGGCUAUGGCUAUGGCGAUGGUUACGGCUACGGUUACGACUACAACCAGCCCAACACCUACCCACUCCCCACAACGGCAGCAACAGCAGCACCCGCAUCAGCCGCACCACCACCAGGAGCGGCAGCACCCCAACAACCACCAGCAGCCCCCCCAAUCACCACCACCGCCACCAACACCCUCCAGAACCCUCCUGCCACCACCACCACCGCCACCACCACCAACAACAACAAUAAUAACACCAGCAAUCCCCCCACACUCAAAUCCAGCCGCGACACCGCCGAAACCGCCCUCCGCGAACUCCUCGCCGUGCGCCGCCAGCAGGCCAUGCUCACCACUGUCAACGGCAGCAGCGGCGGCGGUGUUGGCGGCGGGGGCACCGGCCUGGGCAUCAACGGCGUCGGCGUGGGGAUGGCGACGGUGAAUGGGGUUGGGAGUGGAACUGGGGGUGGUGUUGGGGUGAUGGGUGUGAAUGGGGUUGGGACUGGGAUGGUGAAUGGGCAUGGGAAGGUGGACCCGGCGGCGGCGGAGGUGGAGACUCGGCGGCGUUUGCAGACGGGGCUGGUGUUGAUGGGGUUGAGGGGGUUGCAGGCGCGGGUGGAGGCCGUGGUGGGCAAGGCGGAGGGGGAGAGGUGGCGGCGGUUUGCGGUGGGGGGGAUUGUCGCCUCCUUCCUCCCCCUCGUCAAGCGGCUCUUCCGCCGCCGCAGAGGCGAGCACGAGGACGGAGACGAGUCGUCCAACCGGACCGAGUACGCCUUCAAGAAGAGCAAGAACCUGGUCUCGCGCAUCCUGGCCGCCACCCACCGCCCGGGCCUGGGAACCAUCGCCUUCUUCGUGUUUGCCGUGCUGUAUGUGUUUACGAACGAGGUCUCUCUGCGCGUGGCCAAGACGGUGUCGAAGCGGCUGAACCGCCUCAUGGCUAAGGUGGAGGGGGGUCGUGAGGAGCUGAGCGAGGACGACGUCAAGAUGCUGCAGGGUUGGAGGUGGCGCGUGUUGGUCUGGAGCGAGUGA